UGCACACUUUUACAUUCUGUCUUCUUUUUCCCGGCAAACAAAAAAAAAAAGAGAGAACUGAUAAAAACGUAACGCAAUAGUGGAAAAUUGUUGAGACAUGACGAGUUUUCGCAAACGGACCGUGCAAAAGCCAAUCCGUGGCACGCGCACUAGCCCCCACACUGGCCAAGUGAUCACCUCCAGCGGUAAUCCAUCGCUUGAUCUGAUUUUAGGCGGUGGUCUGCCCAUCGGCUCGAUAUGCCUGAUUGAGGAGGAUCGGUUCAUGACGCAUGCCAAGGUUCUGGCCAAGUACUUCCUGGCUGAGGGUCUGCUGUCCAAGCAGGAGCUCUUUCUUGGCAGCUUGGAUGAUUUGCCAGCAGAGAUGUUGCGUCGCCUGCCCAAGCCUCUCACCGACGAGGAGGUCGAGCAAGAGCAGCGCCUUGAGCAGGAGCAACAGGCGGAUAAAAAUGGUCUUCGCAUUGCGUUUCGCUACAACGAUUUACCGCUGGUCAAUUCGGAGCAGGCCACUGCGAAAAUUGGACAUCAUUUCAAUUUGAUGGAGCACAUGGAUGCCAUGAUGCUUUCCUAUGCGCAUGCUACCAUUUGGAAUGAUAAGAAAACGAACCAAGAGGACUAUGAAGAUUUCGAUGUUGCUAACGAUGCGGAACAACCACGUGCUGGUGGCGACGAAUUGUUGCCGGAUCCCAGCGAGUCAAUGCCUUACUCGUAUGCCCAGGCUGUGGGAUCUAAGGCGGACCCGGACCAAGAAGGGGAACAGUCUCCACCACCUGAUGCUGCUCCCACUGCUCCCAUUCAAGCAGCAGCUGCUGCUGCUGAAACUGAUGAAGUGACACCCAUGGAGCAGUCUGAUGGCCAAAAAACUGCCMCCAACAUCAACAACAACAAUAAUAACAAUAUGGAUAACAGCACUGCCAACAAUACGACAAGCACCACUGGAACAACCACCACAACCACGCCAACUGCAUCGCCCCCAACUGGCAAACCACAAUUCUUCUACAAUGCACGCUACGAUCGCCUGCUCAAUUAUAUCCAACUGCUGCUCAACGACUCGAUCUUUGAGCCGGGCGCCAACAUGCAGGAGAAGAAUCUAUGCAGGGUCUGCCUAACCUCGCUGGGCUCUCCUCUGUGGUACGACGAUCACUUUGCCGAAGAUUUGCUCAAGUUUCUAACUAUAUUGCGUGGCAGCGUGCGCAGCUGCACUGCUGUUUGCUUCAUCACAAUGCCCAUGCACCUGAUAGCCAAAUAUGACAGCAGCUUGGUGCCCAAGAUUCGUCAAUUGGUCGACUAUGCCAUUGAGCUGGAAUCGUUUGCCGGCUCCGAGCGCGAAACGCAUCCGGCUUUCAAGGAGUACAGCGGUCUGCUGCAUCUGCACAAGAUGAGCGCCAUCAAUACGCUGGCCGUGCACAUGCCGGAGACCACCGACUUGGCCUUCAAAUUGCGUCGCAAGAAGUUUGUCAUCGAAAAGCUUCAUUUGCCGCCAGAUCUGCAGGAGUCAUCGGAGCAGACAGCCAAGAGUGCAGACGUGUUGCCAAUCCCCAAUUGCGGCGUCAAUUCAAAUGUUUCCAUGGAUUUCUAGUGCCUGUUUAUGGGCGCCGAUAUUAUGGCCACGUUCUGUUGGUUGUUUCAUUAAACCUAAACUUUUUUUUUACAUACUCUGUCUCUGCGCAAAAUGAAGGAAGCAAAUGGAAGCCAAGCUGUGCGAAUACAAAUCAAAAUUGAAACCCGCAGUAAAUGCUGAAAAAAAAGGAAAAGAACAUUAACAACAACAAAAUACCAAUUAUAUAUACAAUAAUAUAGUGCAUUGGCGUUUAUUGAACGCUCUUGCCAUUAGUACAACCGA